AUGGAGCCCUUCCCUGCUAUACCGAUAGCCAAUGGUGUUGCCAUAGUCCUCGUCUUAUUGCCUAUAUCCUGGCAUUGGAAAGCGAAGAAUAUUGGAACAUUGCUCUAUAUUGGAUGGACCGUGCUUGGGAAUCUAAACUGGCUGAUCAACACGAUUGUAUGGCGAGGAACAUGGGAAGAUUUGGCCCCUCGCUGGUGUGAUAUCUCGUCAAAAAUAGUCAUUGGUCAAAGUGUCGGACUCACCGCUGCCUCACUAUGCAUUAAUCGCAAAUUGUACAAUAUUGCGACCAUUCAGAGUGUGACCAGGAGCCCCAAGUCGAAACGAAUGAACGAUAUUGCUGAUUUGUGUCUUGGUAUUCUAUUACCAAUUAUUGUAAUGGCACUGCACUAUGUUGUACAGCCGACUCGAUACAAUAUUAUUGAGAACAUUGGGUGCUGGCCCAACACACAGAACACUCCAUUGGCGAUACCUUUGACUAUGAUAUGGCCAAUCAUUAUCGGAACUGCAUCAUUCAUCUACUGCGGCCUCGCUAUCCGUGCUUUCCUUAAGGCUCGCCAGCAAUUCAACCAAGUACUGAAUAAUUCGGGCUCUGGUGUUAAUAUGAGUCGCUAUUUCCGCCUGAUGGCUCUUGCCACAGAAGAGAUGCUCUUUACCCUGCCAUUCGCCAUUUACAUCCUCGUUAUGAAUCUGACGCAAGCCCCCAUGAUCCCGUGGAUUUCUUGGGAAGAUACUCAUCAAGACUACAACACUAUUUGGAAAACUCCGUGGAUUUUGAUGAAGGCAAGCCAACAGAACUAUAACACCAUGAUGAUCAACCUUUGGGUUCUUCCUGCUGGUGGAUUCUUGUUCUUUGUCUGGUUCGGAUUGGGUGGUGAGGCUAUUGCUUCGUACAAGGCCGCGUUCUACAAAGUUGCUGGGCUCUUUGGAAUCAAGCCGAAGCCCAAGACAGCUCCUGCAUCAAGAUGGCAAAACCAACUCGUAUCGAAUACUUCGAGCGUGCCUACCCGGGAUAACGCCCGAUUCUCUCUUCCUGACCUUAACGAGGUGGAAGGGAAGAGGUCUUCAGAGGAGGAUUUGGAGGCUGCUAAGGCCCAUGCAGUUUAA